AUGGAUAAAAGUAGGACUGAAAUGAAAGAAGUGUCGAUCGUAGAUGAUGAUGUACUUGAAGUGCUGGAACUCGUAGAUGACAACGAUACCAUAGAGGAAUGUAUGAUGAUGGUCAACAAAAUGAGUGAAACAAGUCUACUCGAGAUCCAGAAGGAGAAAGAAAGUUUGAAAAGGCUUUUAAAAGAAGCAGAUAAAGAGGUUAGUAAGCUGAAGCAUUCGCUCAGAACGUCUAACUGUUGCAUUGAAGAAUUGAAAACGGAUUUAACAAAGGAGAAAGCCAAGGCGGAUGGACUAGAAGAACAGGUAAAAAACUGUAAUGCGAGAAUCCAAGAGAUGGAAGAUUACACUGUGCAAAGCCGUGAGGAAUACCUUGAAAUGGAAAAGAAGUAUUUUGAAAAUUCAAAACUUGUGGAAGACACUAAUCGUUUACUCAAUGAUGUCCUGAGCAAAAAAAGACAUUUCGAGGAGCAGAUGGACUCUCUCAGAAAACAGCGGGACUCGGCACAAAAUGGAGUUGUGUCUUUAGAAAAAAGGUUACGCGAAGAACAAGAUAGAUCAAGAGCAAAAGCUGUCUAUUGCGAGGAGAAACUAUCGAAAACAGAGAACGAGUUGAAACACACUAAAAACAAACUCUUGACCGCUGAGAAUGAUUUUAAAUUGCACAUUCUUCAACUUCAAGGAAGCCUUAAAUUGAAGAAAGGUUCGAGUAGUUUGAUAGCGGUAGAUGCAGGAAAAUGCGUAGCAGUCAUUAGUGAGAAGCUAGACGCGCUUGAAAAGAAAACACUUAGCGCGGAAAAGGAAAAGUUCUCUCUCGGUGCAAAAUUAAAAGAACUUGAGGCAGUCAUGAAAGAUUUGAAAGAAAAAGCAGAAAAAGAACAACAAGAUAGCGAGCGAAGAAUAAAAGAAAGUGAAAACGCUCUGGAAGAAGUGAAGAAAAAUUUUAACACCGAAUCUUUGAAAAACGCUCUUUUAUUGAAGGAGAAAAACGAGCUCAAAGAGCAAGUGAAGGAGGCUGAAAAAGAAAAACUUGAGCUUCAAAACCAAAUGAAGGAGCUUAAAGAUAACUACAAUACUGCUAAAGAUAGCUUGGCUAAUGCUGAAGAAACUAUAGAGCACCUUCAAGAGCAAGUCGCCCAGAAAGAAAAAAACAGCUGCCCCAAUGAGAACAGCGAAACAUCACAGGAAAACAGAAUGAAUCAAGAAAAUGAUUUUGAAUCCCAGGAAGGAGUUGAACCACCGCAAAACUUCGAAGCUAAAUAUAACGAGCUAAAAAUGCAGUAUGAUAAUUUAAGCAAGCAGUUUACACAGAUCAGAAAACAUCGAAAUGAGGUUCUGAGGCAAAACAAUGAGCUACGACACCAAGCACAAAUGGCAGUCGUUCAACUUGCUUCCACGAACAGGCGCUUCACCAAACACAUGGAACAGCUAAAGAUGCAGUUGAAUGUCGCUGAGAGGGUUUACCAGGAAAAGUUGUUCGAGUGUAAUUUACUGGAAAUUCAAGUGCAGCAUUUGAUGCAGCAGGCGAAUGGUAACUACCCUCCCGGCACUCAGCCGCCAAUGAACUGA